CACACACCCAACCGACUCCGUCGAAGGAAGAACAGUCAGGCACCCUCUCCAAGUCUCCUAAAAUGGCUCACUCUAAUCCGUGACUCUGUCAUCCUGGGAGGCUGUGAGGCUCAGAACUGUCGCAACAGGGAGCUUUCCCCCUGGCAGCUUCCUGUCACGGCGGCUCUGUGCAGCAGCUCCGCUAAGAGGCCGGGCCGCUCCUGCUCCAGCUCCGUGGGCCUGACCCGUGCCGCCUCCCUCCCCGAGCAGGACAACCUCCACAGGGAGCCCUUCCACAGCAGCCUCCAACAUAUCUCCUCCAGCUACAGGAGCCUCAAGGAGGACCGGGGCGAGGAGGACGGCGAUGGAGAGGGUGGAAGCGUCAGCAGCGGGAGGUGUGACUCCGGAUCAUCGCCAGAGGAGGCGUCAGAGGUCACCGCCUGUCGAAGACAUCAAGACCAGGCUGUAGUUAAAGGCACAUUACGGUCCCACAACUCCUUCCUCCUCAAUGAAGGCGUGGAUGAUGAGGAUGAAGACAGUGAAGGAGAUAACCUGCACAGGUAUCACGAGGACUAUUCUUUUGUGCUGCAGCUGCAUGGCAACUCUAACUGGGCCCUGAGGAGUGAUGGCAGGAGGACCGCCAAACCUUGCCAACCGUCCAGUCAACAGAACCAUGACACUCGAGGUGAAACUUUACGGAUGGACUUUGGGGAGCAGCCGAGAUCAGAGGACGUGGAAGACAACAUGCUCAAAUGUGCCGACGAGGGCUACUCCUUCAGCUACGGCGAGGGGAAAUGUUUCCCUGAUUCCUUCUCUGACGGCCAUGUAGAGAAUGUCACAGACUCCUCAUGCAACAGCUCUGAUGGGGUUCUUGUCAACUUCAGCGCCAUCUAUAACAAGAGCAACAACCCUGCCGACCCACACAACCUCCGCAGUCCUGCAGUACAGUCAUCCCGGCCAGCAGAUGGCUCUGUCUUCCUAAGACUGCACUCUUUCCCUCAGGAGCCCCAGGAGCCCCAGGAGCCUCAGGCCGCUGGCUCCAGUCAGUGGGGCAGAAAAACCUCCUCUCCUAUCGACAAGGCGCCUUCUUUCCCCGGCUCACCGCCGCACACACUGGACUCCAACUGUAACGUCUACCCCCCUGACACCCAGGGUCUGCUGUCCUCCCCGGAGGUGUCGGACAUCACUCGCGGCCCCCAAAGCCAGGCCAGGCUGCUGCCCACAGGGACCACCCAGAAAUACUACAAGCUGGUGACCUGUGACCUGUCCUCACAGUCCGCCUCGCCCAGCCCAGCCUGGUCCAGCACCACCAGCGUCACCUCAGAGGGCCACUACUUCCUGUUCAGUAAGGCCCGGGGAGAGACGGUUCAGACGGAACAACAGCAGGAACAAGGCUUGGACAAAGGGAGGAGAGCAACCCCACUACACCGUCCUUGCUCUAUGACCUGGGACUCCUCCUUUGCUGAGAUUGCCCACUGUAAGAGAAGUACAGACUGCUGCCAGAGCUCCAGCCACUCCCACACCUCACUGGACCUUUGUUCCAUCCAGGAGGCAGUUUCCCCGGGCAAGAAUAGCAGCCAUUGCCCCCGUCUCCCUAGUCCCAAACAAGGGAGUUGCACUGUUUCCCACUACCCUGCUGUGUCAACAGACUAUGACAUAGAGGAGGAAGAGGGGGCAUGUUCAUGGGCCCCUCCUGUGGUUCGCUACAGUAAAGCCCAGAGGCCCACCUCCCUUCCCAUUCAGCCCUUCGUCCUGCUUCCUACGGCAUGUAAACCCCAGAACCAGCCCCUGGGGUCCCUGCUGGACCAGUACAUCAUGAGCAAAAACACCAAGCCUGACUCCAGCACCCAGCUAGGGUCCAAGUGCAGAGGGAAAGCCAACAGACUCCUGACCCACUUGCGUCCCUCACCGCUGGGCAGCUAUGGGCCGAUCCUACUGGAGGGCCCCUCCAGCUCCGAGACCUGCUCCACCUGCACCCCCAGUCCAGAACGCUUUCAGUGCAGACGCAACUGGACACAAUACAGUCCAUACAGGCCCCCCGCUAGCCCUGAGAUCUCUUCAACCUGUCCAAAACAAGCACAACCAAGGGUGAAACAAUCUUGUGCUGAACAAACCCAGGGUAAUUCACACCAAGACCUGCUCUAUGCACAGCUAGACCAAACCAAAGCUGGCCCAGUUCAUGCCUAUGGUAGCCCAGACCCGUUUCAACACAAAGAUUCAAUCAAACGUAGCCAGGGCAUGGCUCAGAUCUGUCAAGACCUCCUUCGUCUGACCCCAGAGGAGAAGAGCUUGGUCCCGGUCCACCUGAACCGAAGCCCCCAGAACCCUGUCUCAUCCCGUGUAGCACCUCCUGCCGAUCACCUUGACCAGCCAGACCGGCUAGCAUCGUUCUGUACAGACCCAGCCUCACCUCCUCACAGGAGGACCACGCCCUCCCCUGUCCCAAUGGCUGGAUCUGCAUCGUCUCACUGUAGCCUGACUGUGGCUCUGUCGUCCGUGGCCCCUCUCUCCUCUCUGGGUGCCCUCCUUCAGCCCCUGAUGUCUUCCAGUGGGAAGCAGCGUCCACCCCAGCCCUGUGACUCCUUCAGCCUGAGUGACAGCAGGCCACCUGGAGAGUUCUGCUUGUCACCUGAAGCCUCCUACGAGUCCCUGUCCAUCAGCCACCUGCAGAGAAGAGGUCUGUUAAAAUCUGUGAGCUUGGCAGUGGAUUUGAUCAUGGCUCAUUUUGGCACCAGUCGAGAUCCCGGGGAAAAGAUACGUCUGGGGAACAGCUCUAGGAGUCCCACCAUAGUUGGGCUCGUCCUGGAGCACCUCUGUCCCACUAUCCAGAACAUUCUACAAGACGGCCUGAGGGACCACAGACUGGAUCUGAUCAUCGGUCAGCGACGCAACCAUGCCUGGAAUGUGGUAGAGGCCUCCACUCAGACAGGCCCUGCUACCCGAGUAUUACACAGCCUUUUGUCCAAGGUGAGGCAGUGCCAUCUGCUGGCCAGUAACUGUAUGAGACUACGGGCCUUCAUCAUGGGCCUGCUGAACCUGAGGGCCUUGGAAUUCUGGCUAAAUCACCUCUACAGCCAAAAAGACGUGGUGACAUCUCUCUACCAUUCUUGGGGUUUCCUGGCCAUGUCGCAGGGGCAGUGUCAGCCUCUCUUCCAGGAGCUUCUCCUCCUGCUGCAGCCACUCUCCAUGUUACCCUUUGACCUCAACCUGCUGCUGGAGCCCCGCCUUCUGCACAACAGACAGCUGUGCUCCGAGGAACAAGCACCACCCUGCUCCACCUUUCUUAUGACCAGUUGGCCAUUGUUGAGAGCAGACAGAGACAGACACCGGCCAUAUGGUUCCAUGGAUGGAGCCCGGGACAGCGACAGGCCAACAGGUGACCCACACUUCUUGGUACCUUUUCAGGGCUCAUCUCCGGGGUCAAAGGCCAUCAUUCAGGAGAAUAGGGCGAGGACUGUAGGCGGGUCUAGCAGUAGCCAGUGGCCCUCCACCAGUCCAGGGUGGUGGCAGGGACAGCCUGCGUAUACAGAGGCGGUGGUGGAGGGGGUGGAAUGUGGCACGAAUGACCUGGAAGUGGUCCACGCUGAGGGGAAGAGAGGAGAGGAGAGUGCAUCUGAGGGCAGCAGCAUGGGAAGGGGGUCGGAAACUAUCAGGGCGACAGCGGACCCCCAGAUUGAGAGCCCCUCCCAUGGUCGGCUACGCUGGGCAAAGCUGUUUGGAUCAGGAGGGGACCCCCCCGCCAGGACACAGACAGCAUCCCAGAAUCUCAAUGGGACGCGAACCCAGAAAAGGAGACCUUCACAGUGGCUGCAUUUGGACAGGUCUCAGCUGGGCAUGUUGGCCCACAAAGUGUGGUCAGGGAACCUCCCGGCUCCACAUCCUACCGUGAAACACCCACCAUAGAACCGGGCCAUAGAUGAGUGAAGACGGUUAGGAUGGAGAAGGGAUACACUAACCAAAACCUGCAUGAUCCUGAGCCAGUGAUAUACUGCUAAAACACACAGCGUUAAGAAAAAAAAACCUUCGAACCCUGCUGAUGCAGUAUAUCAUUGUCAGGCAAUAACCCCCCCCUAUCCGCUGUGUACUAUGAUAUCCUCCAAUGUUCACGUGCCACGAAUUGGGAUACGUGCAGUGGUUUCUCCCUGUGGGCAGACAGCCUGCCUCUGGGUGAAAUCCCGGUUUCCCCCGGAGAAAACCAGUCGGUGUUUAAUGGUGCAGCAUGUUAACCGCACAUACUGUACAGUGGCAUCCUCUUAUCCUACACUGUCACUCUGUCCCCUUUCCAGCCACUGGAGUGUCUGCGCUAAUGCAAUGAAAACGAUUCCAAUGGACAAUCAUAUUUUGCCAUGCUUACUAGAGCCAAGUGCAGCCCUUCUGUAGCAGCAAAUCUUUCUGAAGGAGGUUAACCUGGCAUUCAACUAGGCACGUCGGUGUGUGUUUGUGAGGUAAUCCUGACAGUAACGUGGUUGAAGAUUUCAGUGCAUGUGUGAAGAAAAUAUAUCUUACAGGAGUUAUUAGGUGCUAUUUUAGGCCUGCUGCUGUGUGGGGUACUAAAAUGGCCUAUCUUGUUUUUUAAUGAAAGAGAAGUAGAGUUUAGUAGAUAUUUAGGUAAUGAAUUCUAGAUUUGUGGAACCUUUAGGCUCCUAUUGGAGUAUGUUUUUUGCACAUUUAAAAGCUAUCAUGUCGUGAUUCAUGUGUACACUGUUUUGAUAACUAGAACUACUAAUCUAAAAAGAAAAACAGAUGCCAAGUCUGAAUUUGAGUGACAGGAAUGACUAGGUUAUUAUGACUUCUGCAAUAAUGUGAAUAUGAGUUAAAUAUAACCCCACGUCAUCUUUCCCUCCCAAACUGACUGUUCUUUCCUUACACCCGAGAGUGCAUCCUCUGAAUGUAGGUUCCCUGUGACAAUCAACCUUUGUGAAUAAAGCUAACUUUUUCAAUUUA